AGUUCUCUUGGCACUUUUACUACUUGUUUGUUUGGUGAAGGCGCGUCGAGCACUUUUCCGAGUUCAUGGUGCUGAGAGGAUGUUUUAGUUGAUGACAUUUUCGCAGAUGGUGUCUGAGCUGAAGUCAAGCUGGUUGUGAAGGUGUUUGACCUGCUCCCCUUGCCCCCAGAAGGAGUAUCCAUGGCUGCGGGUGUAGCGGCGUGGCUCCCCUUUGCCCGGGCAGCGGCUAUUGGCUGGAUGCCCGUGGCCAACCUGCCAAUGCCCAUAGCACCAGCAGAAAAGAACAAGCACCAGGAUGAGCUCAUAGUUCUUAAUGUCAGUGGUCGUCGCUUUCAAACAUGGCGCAAUACACUGGACCGCUAUCCUGACACCCUACUUGGAAGCUCAGAGAAAGAAUUCUUUUUCAACGAAGAGACCCAUGAGUACUUUUUUGACCGUGACCCGGACGUAUUCCGCAGCAUCCUAAACUUCUAUCGCACUGGCAAGUUGCACUACCCGCGCUAUGAGUGCAUAUCAGCCUACGAUGAGGAGCUGGCUUUCUUCGGGAUCAUCUCUGAGAUCAUAAGCGACUGUUGUUACGAAGAGUACAAAGAUCGCAGGCGAGAAAACGCAGAGCGCCUGAUGGACGACCUUGAGGACAGUAAGGACAGCAAGCUGCCCAAUAUGACCUUCCGUGAGACCAUGUGGCGUGCCUUUGAGAACCCGCACACCAGCACCAUGGCUCUUGUCUUCUACUACGUCACCGGCUUCUUCAUUGCAGUGUCUGUUAUCACAAACGUGGUGGAGACGGUGCCAUGUGGUUCCAUGCCCACUCAGCGGGAAAUUCCUUGUGGUGAACGUUACACGGUGGCCUUCUUCUGCAUGGACACAGCGUGUGUCAUGAUCUUCACUGUGGAGUAUCUGAUGCGUUUGUUUGCUGCGCCCAGCCGCUACCGCUUCAUGCGUUCUGUAAUGAGUAUCAUUGACGUGGUGGCUAUACUUCCCUACUACAUCGGCCUGGUCAUGACCAACAACGAAGAUGUGAGUGGUGCCUUCGUCACACUGCGGGUCUUCAGAGUCUUCCGCAUCUUCAAGUUCUCUCGCCACUCACAAGGCCUACGAAUCCUGGGCUACACAUUGAAAAGCUGUGCCUCAGAGCUCGGCUUCCUUCUCUUCUCACUGACCAUGGCCAUCAUCAUCUUCGCCACAGUCAUGUUCUAUGCUGAGAAAGGCUCUGCUUCCAGCAAAUUCACCAGCAUCCCAGCCUCCUUCUGGUACACCAUCGUCACCAUGACCACAUUGGGGUAUGGAGACAUGGUUCCUAAGACAAUAGCGGGAAAGAUCUUUGGCUCUAUCUGCUCUCUGAGCGGUGUGCUGGUUAUCGCAUUACCUGUUCCUGUCAUCGUCUCCAACUUCAGCCGCAUUUACCACCAGAACCAAAGAGCAGACAAGCGGCGGGCACAGAAGAAAGCUCGAUUGGCCAGAAUGCGAAUCUUAAAGACUGGCAAUCCAAACAUCGUCCUGCAUAGCAAACGCAACGGCAUGCUGAACCAAGCCCUGGAGCUGACGCAGGGUUCCACAGGCGAAGGGCAGCAGCUGAAAAAGACCCCAUCAAUAAUUGAAAGCCAACACCACCAUCUGCUGCACUGCCUGGAGAAAACCACGAAUCAUGAGUUUAUGGAUGAGCAGUUGUUUGAGCAGAGUUAUGUGGAAAGUGGCCUGCAGCGUUUCCCUUCACAGAACUCCUCUGUCUCUGGCCAGGAGGGCAUUAUGGGCUCCUGCUGCUCCAGACGACCCAAGAAAAGCAGUCAGCCAGCUAAUGCAGCACCCACACACACUCAUACACACCCAUAUUUAAAACCAAACACACACAACCUUCAGGAGCUCAGUGCCAUACACAUUCAGUGUGGAGAGCAGCGGCCUCUUAACAUUAGUCGAUCCAGUCUCAACUUGAUGCCUGAUGAAUCAGGAGGUCUGAACUGUAAGAGCAGCAGUCAAAUCACCACUGCAAUCAUCAGCAUUCCGACCUCGCCCAACAACACAUCCCCCACCAGCCCAGAGGUCUCAUCCAACCCCACUACUAACUCCAGCAGCGGCGUGGUGAAGGUCUCUGCCCUGUGAUAGACAUUUUUGAGAACCAGCUGAGCAUCAGAACAGAAAAAGGAGGAGCACUCAGGAUGUGAAAACUGUGGAGAACGCUGCUCUCUAGUGGAAAAGAGACAGCAAUGACUUUGAUUCCUUGAAAGAAAACAGUGGGGUGAUGUGUAUGAUGUGUAUGUGUGUGCUUGUGUGUGUGAAGGGGACAAAUUACAAUAGCAGAAGAGCCAUAAGAACUUUUACUGGAUCAGUCCAUUAAAAGGUAAUUAGAUGAGGA